CCCCACAUAACGCUCCAGCAGCGCGUUUCGUUGCGCACUUCAACCGUUACCCUCUACACCCCAGACCUCGUUCAACCUUGCCUCUGGACUCGAAGAUGGCAGGCCGAGCCCCGAUUGUUGUCCCCGCGCUGAAGCGCCACACCGCGACUGUCAUCGUCGCCCAUGGCCUCGGUGAUAGCGGGGCAGGUUGGUUGUUCCUCGCCGAGAACUACCGUCGACGAUCUGUGCUCGAGGAAGUCGCAUUCGUCUUCCCGAAUGCGCCCAACAUUCCCAUUACCCUGAACAUGGGCAUGCAUAUGCCCGGAUGGUACGACAUCAAGUCGCUCAGCACCCUCCAAGACCGCGAGGAGGACGAAGCGGGCAUUCUCAAGUCGCGAGACUACUUCCACUCCCUCAUCGACGCCGAAGUCGCCAAAGGCAUCCCCGCACAUCGCGUAGUCGUCGGCGGUUUCUCCCAGGGCGGUGCCAUGGCUCUGUUCUCCGGAACCACCUAUAAGGAACAGCUGGGCGGUAUCUUCGGCCUGAGCUGCUACCUGCUCCUGCAGAAGCGGAUCAAGGAUCUGAUCCCCGAGAGCAGCCCGAACCAGAAGACGCCCAUCUUCAUGGGUCACGGCGACAGCGACCAGGUAGUGGCAUACAAGUACGGAAAGAUGAGCUCAGACGCCCUCACCGAGAUGGGCUACAACGUCGACUUCCGGACAUACAAGGGCCUGGUCCACUCCGCUGACGAGGAAGAGCUCGACCAUCUUGAAGCCUAUCUGACCCAGCAAUUACCAGCUCUCGGUGACAAGAAGCCCGAACAGUCGCUCUGACUCUCCGGCAGCACAUAUGGUUCUUUUGUUGGGCUGACAACAGCAGCAGUGGUCCUGAUUGUAGCAUUUCUGAUAGCAUGGUUUUCUUGGUUCAGACAGCAGGAUACGAAAGAGCGGAAGCAUACAUAGGUUGUAGGCAUUGCAAGCCGCGCACACACAUACAUACAGAUACCCCACCUGAGUCAUUUCGUAGAGACCAGGAACUGCGCCGUAGGUAAGAGGUGACAAGCUAGAGCAAUCUUCUGAUUAUAUACUUCACCCGAUGCCAGCAAAUACUUCUUUCAUUCCCUC